CUAUAAUCUCUGGGCCGGGCUAACCAGUAAUCAGAUCAUGCUAAUGAUAUCCGGUUAAUCCUUACCCGAGGAAGGGCUGGCUGGCGAGUCUAUACUAGCUAUACUGUACUGUGCUGGAAAAAACAAAAAGCCAACAAGUAUUACAAGCACUACAAUAAGAAAUGGCUGGCGAAAGCCAGUCAUGUGAUACUCCCCUGCACACUGCUGCAAGCCGUGGGGACUUAGAUGAGGUCAGAGAGCUGUUGAAAACAAAGCAAUAUGAAGCGGACGUCAGAAACUCCAACAACCAAACAUCUCUUCAUCUUGCAUGUGCUAAUGGUCAUCUCGAUACGGUUUGGACACUAGCCAAUGACUUUGGUGCUGACAUAGGAGCUAUUGAUAAUGGCGGUAAUACACCAUUGCUCUUUGCUGCGAAGAACAAACAUGUGCAAAUAAUUGUCAUGUUGAUCCUAUUAUUGAUGUGUGGUAGACACCGCUCCAAUGGAAUAAGACUACCAUGUUUCUUUAACCGUACUCAGAUGAUUUCUCAUCAUGUUAAAAUCUAUGAGGAUAUUCUCUUUGACUUUUACAAUGAUUUUGAAGCUGUCGAGAAAACUUUGCUAAUGAUAUUCAAAUUCUUUGUCGAUUAUAACGAAUUUAGAGAUUAUAAUUAUAAUAAUAAUGGCUUUAUUACAUUGUUUGUAGCUGCAUCACUAGGUCUUAUAGACUUGAUUAAACGACUUGUUACAGAGAAAAAAGCAGAUCUCAAUAUUAUAGGCUUCCAUGGCUUGUCUAUUCUCCACUGCAUCUGCUUUGGAGGACAAGUACUGCUCAUGGAGAAUCUUAUUUCAGAGUAUGGUAUUGACCCCCUGUUAAAAGAUAACAUUGGGCGCUCUGCUCUGUAUUAUGCAGCAAAAAGUGGAGGUCCCUAUUCGUGUGUUAGUGGCCACAUAAAAGUAGUAGACACCCUAGUGACAAUGUAUGGUCUCAAUCCCACCGAUAGAGAUAAUAAUGGAGACACACCUCUACAUUGGGCAACUAUGGCAGGACAACUUGAAACAGUAAGACACUUGAUCAGUAACUACAGUGCUAAUAUUGAUUGCACUAAUAAUAGGAACAAAACUCCAUUGAUGAUAGCUGUGCAGACUGGUAAUACACAUGUUGUGGAUGUGUUUGUGAAAGAAUUCAACAGCGAUUGCCAUGUCCGAAGUUACAAUGGUCGUACUCUCCUUCACUAUGCAUGCAACGAUGGCCAUAUAGAACUGAUAGACAAACUGGCGAUGGAAUAUGGCCUCGAUCUCGCAGAUAAAGAUAACGAAGGAAACACACCUCUACAUAUUGCAGCCGCUAGAGGACGUGUUGAAAUAGUGAGACACCUGAUCAGUAAGCACAGUGUUGAUAUUGAUUGCACUAAUAAUCAGAACAUUACACCAAUGUUGCUAGCUGCACUGAAUGGGCAUGUGCAUGUUUUAGAUGCGUUAAUCAAAGAAUUCAACUGCACUUGUCAUGUCCGAGGUUAUACUCUUCUUCACUCUGUGUGCAAGCGAGGCCAUAUAGAACUGAUAGAUAAACUGGUGAUGGAAUAUGGCUUCGAUAUAGCAGAUAAAGACAACGAAGAAAACACACCUCUACAUGUUGCAGCCAUGGUAGGGCAUGUUGAAACAGUGACACACCUAAUCAGUAAGCACAGUGCUGAUUGCCAUGUUCGAGGUUACAAUGGUUAUACUCUACUGCACUAUGCAUGCAAAUGUGGCCAUAUAGAACUGACAGAUAAGCUGGUGAUGGAAUAUGGCCUCGAUCUCGCGGAUAGAGAUAAUGAAGGAAACACACCUCUACAUAUUGCAGCAUUGUACGGACUUGUUGAAACAGUGAGACACCUGAUCAGUAAGCAUAGUGUUGACAUUGAUUGCACUAAUAAUCAGAAAAAUACCCCAAUGAUGCUAGCUGCAAUGAAUGGUCAUGCGCGUAUUUUAGAUGCGUUAAUCAAAGAAUUCAACUGCACUUGUCAUGUCCGAGGUUAUACUCUUCUUCACUCUGUGUGCAAGCGAGGCCAUAUAGAACUGAUAGAUAAACUGGUGAUGGAAUAUGGCUUCGAUAUAGCAGAUAAAGACAACGAAGAAAACACACCUCUACAUGUUGCAGCCAUGACAGGUCAUGUUGAAACAGUGAGACACCUGAUCAGUAAGCACAGUGCUGAUUGCCAUGUUCGAGGUUACAAUGGUUAUUCUAUACUUCACUAUGCGUGCAAAUGUGGCCAUAUAGAACUGACAGAUACUCUGGUGAUGGAAUAUGGCCUCUAUCUCGGAGAUAGAGAUAAUGAUGGAAACACACCUCUACAUAUUGCAGCCGCUGAAGGACAUGUUGUAACUGUGAGACACAUAAUCAGUAAGCAUAGUGCUGAUAUCAAUUGCACUAAUAAUCAGAACAAUACUCCAUUGAUGCUAGCUACACUGAAUGGUCAUGUGCAUGUUUUAGAUCCGUUAAUCAAAGAAUUCAACAGCAAUUGUCAUGUCCAAGGUUACAACGGUUAUACUCUACUUCACUAUGCGUGCAAAUGUGGCCAUAUAGAACUGACAGAUAAACUGGUAAUGGAAUAUGGCCUCGAUCUCGCGGAUAGAGAUAAUGAUGGAAACACACCUCUACAUAUUGCAGUCGCUGAAGGACAUAUUGUAACAGUGAGACACCUAAUCAGUAAGCAUAAUGCUGAUGUUGACUGCACUAAUAACCAGAACGCUACUCCGUUGAUGCUAGCUGUGAUGGGUGGUCAUACACAUGUUUUGGAUGCAUUAGUCAAAGAAUUCAGCAGUAGUUGUCAUGUCCGAAAUAGCAAUGGUAAUACUCUACUUCACUUUGCGUGCAAGGGUAGCCAUAUAGAACUGACAGAUAAAUUGGUGAUGGAAUAUGGCCUCGAUCUUGCAGAUAGAGAUAAUGAAGGAAACACACCUUUACAUAUUGCAGCCAUGGCAGGACAUGUUGAAACCGUGAGACACCUGAUCAGUAAGCAUAGUGUUGAUAUUGAUUGCACUAAUAAUCAGAAAAAUACCCCAAUGAUGCUAGCUGCAAUGAAUGGUCAUGCGCGUAUUUUAGAUGCGUUAAUCAAAGAAUUCAACUGCACUUGUCAUGUCCGAGGUUAUACUCUUCUUCACUCUGUGUGCAAGCGAGGCCAUAUAGAACUGAUAGAUAAACUGGUGAUGGAAUAUGGCUUCGAUAUAGCAGAUAAAGACAACGAAGAAAACACACCUCUACAUGUUGCAGCCAUGACAGGUCAUGUUGAAACAGUGAGACACCUGAUCAGUAAGCACAGUGCUGAUUGCCAUGUUCGAGGUUACAAUGGUUAUUCUAUACUUCACUAUGCGUGCAAAUGUGGCCAUAUAGAACUGACAGAUACUCUGGUGAUGGAAUAUGGCCUCUAUCUCGGAGAUAGAGAUAAUGAUGGAAACACACCUCUACAUAUUGCAGCCGCUGAAGGACAUGUUGUAACUGUGAGACACAUAAUCAGUAAGCAUAGUGCUGAUAUCAAUUGCACUAAUAAUCAGAACAAUACUCCAUUGAUGCUAGCUACACUGAAUGGUCAUGUGCAUGUUUUAGAUCCGUUAAUCAAAGAAUUCAACAGCAAUUGUCAUGUCCAAGGUUACAACGGUUAUACUCUACUUCACUAUGCGUGCAAAUGUGGCCAUAUAGAACUGACAGAUAAACUGGUAAUGGAAUAUGGCCUCGAUCUCGCGGAUAGAGAUAAUGAUGGAAACACACCUCUACAUAUUGCAGUCGCUGAAGGACAUAUUGUAACAGUGAGACACCUAAUCAGUAAGCAUAAUGCUGAUGUUGACUGCACUAAUAACCAGAACGCUACUCCGUUGAUGCUAGCUGUGAUGGGUGGUCAUACACAUGUUUUGGAUGCAUUAGUCAAAGAAUUCAGCAGUAGUUGUCAUGUCCGAAAUAGCAAUGGUAAUACUCUACUUCACUUUGCGUGCAAGGGUAGCCAUAUAGAACUGACAGAUAAAUUGGUGAUGGAAUAUGGCCUCGAUCUUGCAGAUAGAGAUAAUGAAGGAAACACACCUCUACAUAUUGCAGCCAUGGCAGGACAUGUUGAAACCGUGAGACACCUGAUCAGUAAGCAUAGUGUUGAUAUUGAUUGCACUAAUAAUCAGAAAAAUACCCCAAUGAUGCUAGCUGCAAUGAAUGGUCAUGCGCGUAUUUUAGAUGCGUUAAUCAAAGAAUUCAACUGCACUUGUCAUGUCCGAGGUUAUACUCUUCUUCACUCUGUGUGCAAGCGAGGCCAUAUAGAACUGAUAGAUAAACUGGUGAUGGAAUAUGGCUUCGAUAUAGCAGAUAAAGACAACGAAGAAAACACACCUCUACAUGUUGCAGCCAUGACAGGUCAUGUUGAAACAGUGAGACACCUGAUCAGUAAGCACAGUGCUGAUUGCCAUGUUCGAGGUUACAAUGGUUAUUCUAUACUUCACUAUGCGUGCAAAUGUGGCCAUAUAGAACUGACAGAUACUCUGGUGAUGGAAUAUGGCCUCUAUCUCGGAGAUAGAGAUAAUGAUGGAAACACACCUCUACAUAUUGCAGCCGCUGAAGGACAUGUUGUAACUGUGAGACACAUAAUCAGUAAGCAUAGUGCUGAUAUCAAUUGCACUAAUAAUCAGAACAAUACUCCAUUGAUGCUAGCUACACUGAAUGGUCAUGUGCAUAUUUUAGAUCCGUUAAUCAAAGAAUUCAACAGCAAUUGUCAUGUCCAAGGUUACAACGGUUAUACUCUACUUCACUAUGCGUGCAAAUGUGGCCAUAUAGAACUGACAGAUAAACUGGUAAUGGAAUAUGGCCUCGAUCUCGCGGAUAGAGAUAAUGAUGGAAACACACCUCUACAUAUUGCAGUCGCUGAAGGACAUAUUGUAACAGUGAGACACCUAAUCAGUAAGCAUAAUGCUGAUGUUGACUGCACUAAUAACCAGAACGCUACUCCGUUGAUGCUAGCUGUGAUGGGUGGUCAUACACAUAUUUUGGAUGCAUUAGUCAAAGAAUUCAGCAGUAGUUGUCAUGUCCGAAAUAGCAAUGGUAAUACUCUACUUCACUUUGCGUGCAAGGGUAGCCAUAUAGAACUGACAGAUAAACUGGUGAUGGAAUAUGGCCUCGAUCUCGCGGAUAGAGAUAAUGAUGGAAACACACCUCUACAUAUUGCAGCCAUGGCAGGACAUGUUGAAACCGUGAGACACCUGAUCAGUAAGCAUAGUGUUGAUAUUGAUUGCACUAAUAAUCAGAACAAUACCCCAAUGAACCUUGCUGCAAUGAAUGGAUGUGCGCAUGUUUUGGAUUUAUUAGUUAAAAAAUUCAACAGCAGUUGUCAUGUUCGAGGUUACAAUGGUUAUACUCUACUUCACUAUGCGUGCAAAGGUGGCCAUACAGAACUGAUAGACAAACUGGUGAUGGAAUAUGGUCUUGAUCUCGCAGAUAGAGAUAAUGAUGGAAACACUCCUCUACAUAUUGCAGCCGUGGCAGGACAUGUUGAAGUAGUGAGACACCUGAUCAGUAGGCGUAGUGUUGACAUUGAUUGCACUAAUAAACAGAACAAUACCCCAAUGAUGCUAGCUGCAAUGAAUGGUCAUGCGCAUGUAUUAGAUGCGUUAAUCAAAGAAUUCGACAGCAAUUGCCAUGUUCAAGGUUAUACUCUUCUUCACUCUGUGUGUGAGCGUGGCCAUAUAGAUAAACUGGUGAUGGAAUAUCAUUAUAGCCUCAAUCUCGCAGAUAGAGAUAAUGAUGGAAACACACCUCUACAUAUUGCAGCCAUGUACGGACAUUUUGAAACAGUGAAACACCUGAUCAGUAAAUACAGUGCUGAUAUUGAUAGCAUGAAUAAUGGCCAAAAGCAAGCUACAAGCCUUGGAGCUUUAGAUGAGGUCAGAGAGCUGUUGAAAACAAAGCGAUAUGAAGUGGACGCCAGAAACUCCAACAAUCAGACAUCUCUUCAUCUUGCAUGUGCUAACGGUCAUAUUGAUACGGUUUGGACGCUAGCCAAUGACUUUGGUGCUGACAUAGGAGCUAUUGAUAAUAGUGGUAUUACACCAUUGCUCUUUGCUGCUAAGAACAAACAUGUACAAAUAAUUAUCAUGUUGGUUUUAUUAUCUAUGUGUGGUAGACACCACUCCAAUGGAAUAAGAGUGCCAUGUUCCUUUCAUUGUAGUCAGAUUAAUUCUCAUAAUGGUAAAAUCUUUGAAGAUGUCCUCUUUGAGUAUUGCAAUGAUUCUGAUGCUGAGGAAAAGGCUAUGCUAAUGAUAAGCACAUUUUUUGGAAAUUAUAUCGAAUUCAAAGAAUACAAUGAUAAUGGAUUCUUUACACUGCUUGUAGCUGCAUCACUUGGUCUCAAAGACUUGAUUAAUCGGCUUGUUACAGAAAAAAAAGCAGACCUAAAUAUUAAGGGCUUUCGUGGCUUGUCUGUGCUCCAUUGUGCUUGCUUUGGAGGACAUGUAUUGCUCAUGGAAACUCUUAUUUCAGAAUAUGGUAUUGACCCUCUGGUUAAAGAUAACAUUGGGCGCUCGGCUUUAUUUUAUGCUGCAAAAAGUGGUGCUGCCAAUUCGUGCGAUGGUGGCCACAUUGAAGUAAUAGACAAACUAGUAACGCAUUUUGGUCUCAAUCCCGCAGAUAGAGAUAAUAAUGGAGAUACACCUCUUCAUUGGGCAGCCUGGGCAGGAAAGGUUGAAACAGUGAGAUGCCUGAUUAUUAAGCACAGCGCUGAUAUUGAUUGCACUAACAAUAACAACAACACACCAUCGAUAGUAGCUGCAGGUAUUGCUCAUUUGCAUGUUGUGGAUGCAUUAGUCAAAGAAUUCAAUAGCAGUUGUAAUAUUCGAGGUAGAAAUGGUCGUACACUCCUUCACUUCGCAUGCCAUCGUGGUCAUAUAGGGCUAAUAGACAAACUGGUGAUGGAAUAUGGUCUCAAUCCCACACAUAGAGAUAAUGAUGGAAACACACCUCUACAUAUUGCAGCCGCUAGAGGACAUGUUGAAACAGUGAGACACCUGAUCCUUAAGUACAGUGUUGACAUUGAUUGUACUAAUAAUCAGAACACUACCCCGUUGAUGGUAGCUGCUCUGAAUGGUCAAAUGCUUGUUUUGGAUACAUUUCUCAAAAUAUUUAACGGUAGUCAUCAAGUCCGAGAUUGUGAUGGACAUACUCUCCUUCACUGUGCAUGUGAACAUGGCCACAUAGAACUGAUAGACAAACUAGUGAUAGAAUAUGGCCUUGAUCCCGCAAAGAAAGAUAAUGAAGGAAACACACCUCUACAUAUUGCAGCCAGGGAAGGAUUUGUUGAAGCAGUGAGAUACCUGAUCAGUAAACACGGUGCUGAUAUUGAAUGCACAAAUAAUCAGAAGAGUACUGCAUUGAUGCUAGCUGCGCUACGUGGUCAUAUGCAUGUUUUGAAUGUAUUAAUCAAAGAAUUCAAGUGCAAUUGUCAUAUCCGAAGUUACAAUGGUCAAACUCUCAUUCACUAUGCAUGCUAUGGUGGUCAUAUAGAACUGAUGGACAAACUGGUAAUGGAAUAUGGCCUCGAUCCCACAGAUAAAAAUAACAAUGGAAACACACCUCUCCAUAUUGCAGCCGCUAAAGGACAUGUUGAAACAGUGAGACACUUGAUCAGUAAGUACAGUGCUGAUAUUGACUGCACUAAUAAUCAGAGUGAUACACCAUUGAUGGUAGCUGUGCUGAAUGGUCAUAUGCAUAUUUUUGAUUCGUUAGUCAAUGUAUUCAGUAGCAGUUGUCAUGUCCGAGGAUAUAAUGGUUAUACUCUCCUUCAUUGUGCCAGUGAUGGUGGUCAUAUAAAACUGAUAGACAAACUGGUGAUGGAAUAUGGCCUCGAUCCUGCAGAUAGAGAUAGUAAUAGAAACACACCUCUACAUAUUGCAGCUGCUAAAGGACAUGUUGAAGUAGUGAGACACCUGAUCAGUAAACACAGUGCUGAUAUUGAUUGCAUUAAUAAUGAAAACAUUACACCGUUGAUGCUAGCUGCGUGGACUGGUAGUACACAUGUUUUAGAUGUGUUAGUUAAAGAAUUAAAUAGCAAUUGUUAUAUGCAACGUUACAAUGGCCGUACUCUCCUUCACUAUGCAUGUAAUGAUGGCAAUAUAGAAUUGAUAGACAAACUUGUAAUGGAGUAUGGCCUAGAUCUUGCAGAUAAAGAUAAUGAUGGAAACACACCUCUACACAUUGCAGCCAUUAAAGGACAUGUUGAAACAGUGAGACACCUCAUCAUCAAAUACAGUGUUGACUUUGAUUGCAUUAAUAAACAAAAUAAUACACCAUUGAUGGUAACUGCGCUGAAUGGUAAUAAACGUGUUUUGGAUGCGUUAGUCAAGGAAUUCAACAGCAGUUGUCAUGUCCGAGGUUACAAUGGAUAUACUCUACUUCACUUUGCGUGCAAAGGUGGCCAUAUAGAACUGACAGAUAAACUAGUGAUGGAGUAUGGCCUCGAUCUCGCAGAUAGAGAUAAUGAUGGAAAUACAUCUCUACACAUUGCAGCCAUUAAAGGACAUGUUGAAACAGUGAGACACCUGAUCAGUAGGCACAGUGCUAGUGUAGAUUGUAUUAAUAAACAGAACAAUACACCAUUGAUGUUAGCUGCACUGAAUGGUAAUAAACAUGUUUUGGAUGUGUUAGUCAAGGAUUUCAACAGCAUUUGUCAUGUCCGAGGUUACAAUGGUUAUACCCUACUUCACUUUGCGUGCAAAGGUGGCCAUAUAGAACUGACAGAUAAACUGGUGAUGGAAUAUGGCCUCGAUCUCGCUGAUAGAGAUAACGAAGGUAACACACCUCUACACAUUGCAGCCGCUAAAGGACAUGUUGAAACAGUGAGACACCUGAUCAGUAAGCAGAUUGUUGAUAUUGAUUGCACUAAUGAUCAGAACAUUACACCAUUAAUGGCAGCUGUGAUGAAUGGUCAUGUGAAUGUUUUUGAUUCAUUAGUCAAAGAAUUUAAUAGCUGUUCUUAUGUCCAGGGAAACAAUGGUUAUACUCUCCUUCACUAUGCAUGCUGUGGUGGCCAUAUAGAGCUGAUAGACAAACUUGUGAUAGAAUAUGGCCUUGAUCUUGUAGAUGGAGAUUGUGAUGGAAACACACCUCUACAUAUUGCAGUCGCUAAAGGACAUGUUGAAACAGUGAGACACCUGAUCAGUAAGCACAGUGCUAAUAUUGAUAGCAUCAAUGAUCAGAACAAAACUCCAAUGAUGCUAGCUGUGCUGAAUGGUCAUGUGCUUAUUUUGGAUCUGUUAGUCAAGAAAUUCAACAGCAGUUGGCAUGUCCAAGGCUAUACUCUCCUUCACUCGGCGUGUGAACAUGGCCAUAUAGAACUGAUAGACAAACUGGUGACAAUUUAUAGCCUUGAUCUUUCAGAUAGAGAUUUUAAUGGAAACACACCUCUACAUAUUGCAGCCAUGUUUGGACACGUUAAAGCAAUGAGACACCUGAUUAGUAAGCACAGUGCUGAUAUUGAUUGCACUAAUAAACAGAACAAUACACCAUUGAUGGUAGCUGCGCUGAAUAGUAAUAAACAUGUUUUAAAUGAGCUAGUCAAGGAAUUUAAUGACAGUUGUCAUGUCCAAGGUUUCAAUGGUCGUACUCUCCUUCACUAUGCAUGCCAUGGUGGCCAUAUAGAACUGAUAGACAAAUUGGUGAUGGAAUACGGCCUCAAUAUUGCAGAUAGAGAUGAUGAUGGAAACACAUGUCUACAUAUUGCAGCCAUGGUAGGAAACGUUGAAACAGUGAGACACCUGAUCAGUAAGCACAAUGUUGAUACUGAUAGCACCAAUAACAGCAACAACACUCCAUUGAUGCUAGCUGUGCUAAACGAUCAUGUGAUUGUUUUUGAUACGUUAGUUAAAAAAUUCAACAGCGGUCGUCAUAUCCAAGGUUAUACUCUCCUUCACUCGGCAUGCGAGCAUGGCUCUAUAGAACUGACAGAUAAAUUAGUGAUGAAAUAUGGUCUCAAUCUCGGAGAUAAAGAUAUUGAUGGAAAUACACCUCUACAUAUUGCAGCCAUGAAAGGUCGUGUUAAAGUAGUGAGACACUUAUUUACUCAGCACAAAGUGAAUAUCACCAACAAACAAAAAUCCACCACAUUGUGUUUAGCUACUGCAGGUGGUCACGAGAUCUUGAUACAUGCCCUAAUAAAAGAGUUUAAUUACAACCCACAUGUCAGAGGCUACAAUGGUCAAACUCUACUUCAUUAUGCUUGCCAGAAUGGUCACAUAGAAACUUUAAACAUUUUAAUAUCGGAAUAUAAGUUGGAUCCAACAAUUAGAGACAAUGAUGGGAACACCCCUCUGCAUAUUUUGUGUUGUACUCCGCAUGCUAAUGAAGAGAAGUUGAGAACAAUGCUUUUUAUGUGGACAGUGUUUCAAGUUAAUAACUAUGGCAACACACCUCUUCACACAGCAACUCUUUUUGAACAAGUUCGUUGUACAGGCCUACUAUUGCAGAAAUACAAUGCUCCACUUUUUGUGCGAAACAAAGAUGGUAGGACAGCCCUAGAUUUAGCUAAAGCUCAGAAAAGUCAGGAAAUUGUUUCAAUUUUCAAAAAUCCUAAUUCUGAAAUCCAAUCAACCUACCAGCUGCUAGACAAACUUGCGAAACAAGAGUUUGGUGGUGUGAAGAACCUCACCAGAAUAUUUGUUGUAGGUCAUCCAGGUGCAGGGAAGUCCACGCUUGUUGAAACAAUAAAAAAGGAAAGUUUCUUCAGCUACUUCAGCACAACAACUGUAACACCGCACACUGCAGGCAUUGUUCCAAGUACUUAUGACAGUAGUGUUUACGGAAGAAUAAUACUUUACGAUUUUGCUGGUGAUUCCGAGUACUACUCCUCACACGCUGCAAUUAUGGAGUCCAUCAACACAUCGAAAGGAAAUAAUAUAUAUUUGAUACUUUGUGAUUUGAGUAAAGGCGAAGAAGCUGCUGCCACUAAAUACAGCUACUGGCUUUCAUUUCUAUCCUACAAUAUUAAGCAAUUCUCAAACACAAUGAUUAUACCAGUGGGAAGCCAUGCUGAUGUAAUCAACGAAACAUCAGCAUUAUGUGUGCUUGACAGCGUAACCCAAAAGUUCUGUGACAGCUCCAAGAUGGAGGAUUUAUACAUCGAAAAAAGUGUUGCUCUUGAUUGUCGCAAACGAGGAACUGUAGUGAAUGACAUAAAGGAACUUGUUAAGAAAUUCUCUAAAUUAGUAUCCCCCGUGGAACUUUCCCCUGAGUCAAGCACUCUCCUGGGAUUGUUUAAAAAAGACUUUGAACAGGUUACAGCUUGCAAAGUAAGCCUCCUUAUAUCUCACAUAGAAGAGACUGGAAUUCCUUUGCCACUAAAUUCUUCAUCACUAUACAUUCUCAUAAGAGAGUUACAUGAUUUGGGUCUGCUAAUGGUGAUAGAGAGAGGAGACUCCAUUGAGAACCACAUAAUCAUUCUCGAAAUAUCGACAUUCACAUCAGAUGUACACAAUAAACUGUUUUCAAAGGCUGCUAAAGUGAACCUCACCAAGCAUAUAGAUCAACUCAAGUUCAGCGUAGGCAUUAUUCCAGAAUCACUACUGGAGAGAGUACUACCAGAGUACAUCACGAAAGAAAGUUUACUUAAGCUGCAAUACUGUCAAGAAAUUGAAAAUUUGUACGUGGAAGAGGACCACACUCUUUCUCAACUCACUCCUGGACCAGUACCAAUAGAGAAUGACACUAAAGAGAAGUCUCAUUUAUUUUUCCCCGCUCUAUGUGAUCUCAAGCUCGAGGAAAUUCAAUGGUAUGAAUCUGAAGAUGAUAAGAUUACAUUGGGAUGGUAUGCUAAAUGUGAUCAUGACAGUUUCGAUUUCUUCCCAACACGAUUUCUUCAUGUGCUUAUUGUUAACCUCUCUCACAACUUUGCACUGAAACAAAGCCUGCCCACAAGACACAGACUCUCCACUACAGCUUCCGAUUCUUUGAUUGCUGAGGUACACGCUGCCAAUCCUCGCUGCCACGUCUGGUCGACUGGUCUGCAUUGGCUUAUGAAGAAUGGAGUGGAAGUAUUUGUGAAUAUGCCUAAAGACGCUGAUAGCAAAGAACUUAUUGUACUAGCAAGAAGUAACAUUGAAAAUCAAGUCGAAUGUGCUAACACUCUGCGAGUAGUUAUUCAGAAGGUAGUCAAUACAAAAUUUGAGUUCUGUGCUAGUAUAGUGCCUACUGUUUACCUUCUUGAUCCGAGUAAUCUCAAGGAUGAACCUUUUACAAAUGCUAGAAAUGCACCUAAAUAUGCUCUAAGUGAUAUUGAAGAGGCACUAGCAGAAGGCACUGAGCGAGUCAUGGAUAAAGAAGGACAAUGCUUCUCCUUUCCGAUCAAGGAUUGGAUCAGCCCAACAAGUUGGGCCAUUACAUACUGGAAUUGGUUGUUUCCAAUGGAUACCGUCUUGGUUCACUCUCUUUUACAAGAAGUAAAUGGUGCUCAAUGGAAACUGCUAGGAAUGAGUCUUGCGAUCCCCUGGAACAAAUUAGGUGCCAUUGAGAAUGAAGCAUUCUUCCCUGGUGAUAUUGCUAAGAAAGAAGAAGUAAUUCGACUAUGGAUGUCUCAAGAACCCACCUGGACAGUGUUGGUAGACACUCUCAGUCAAUCUGCAUAUGGAUGGUCACAGAAUUCAAGUCAAAUCUCACAAGAGCAUAACGUGACUCUACAAGAAAAAAUACUCUGUGAAAGCAAUUCAUCCCUCCGUCCUGAUGAGGACUUUCUUCAAUAUUUUGCUGCCAUCAUUGGCUCUCGAUGGCAGAGUCUUGCUUCUCCUCUCUCCCUCACUUCUGAAGACAUUGUGAGCAUCAAGAGAGAGACAAAAGGAGUAAAGCCGACCAGACAAGCACUCGUCAUGCUGCAGAAGUGGGCAGCCAGGGAGACGGCAACUUAUGGUCAGUUGAGAGAGAGACUCCGAACACUCUCAGUGUUUCAUAUCUGAGAAAAGUAUGCAGUAUCUGUUUACGAUAAUAUAUCACCUUGUUUGUGUCAUGCUUUGCCAUUAAAUUUAAACAACAAUUCACAACUGCACUUUCAAUUUACAUUUUUUCACACUGCACUGCAAUACACUGUGUAUACAGCCUUAAAAUAAGCACUUGUUAGUUUCUUGAUUUUGUCAAUUCUUAUUAGUCAAUUAAUGCUCCCUCAAGUAAUUUUUGUACUGCAGCUAGAGCUUCAACUAGUAUUGUACAAAACUUCUGUAACAGCUCUAAGAUUGACUCUAAUGUCGUAAACGAGGAGCUGUGAAUGACUCAUCGUCCUCUGUCGGAUUUUCCCCAGAGACAAGCUCUCUUCUGGGAUUGUUGAAAAACACUUUGACUACAUUCCAGCUUGUAAAGUAUGCCUCCUUAUCUCUCACAUAGAAGAUACUGAAAUUCCACUCACACCCUAAGAGAGUUACUCACAUCAGGUGUACCCAUAAUGAUAAUGUUUUCAAAGUCUGCUAAAGCGGACAUCAUGCACCAAUUACAUCGAUCAAUUCAAGCUCAGCGUUGUCAUAAUUAUUACAGAAUCGCUAUUGCAUGGAAAAAUACUACCAGAAUAUACCACAAGCUGUAGUACUGCUGAGAAUUUGUACGUGGAAGAGUACCACAGCCUUUCUCAACUCACUUCAGAAUCAGUAUCAACUGAGAGUGCCACUAAAGAGAAAUCUCAUCUGCUUUUUUGAUCUCUGGGUGAAAGGUGACAACAUUACCCAGGAUUAUGAUAAAUGUAAUGUUGGUAGAUUUGACUAUUUCCUAACGAUUUCCUCAUCUCAUUUCUCUCCCAGCUUUUCAUGAAAACAAAGCUUGCCAACAAGCCGCAGGCUCUCUAUAAUAUCUUCUGAAUUUUUAUUUUCUGAUUCUUCUACCUAAUUAUUGUUCUUUGAUUGCAGAGGUCUGCAAUUAUGCUGCCAAUCCUUGCUGUCAUGUCUGGUCUACAUGUACUAUAUUUGGUAUGCAGGCUUAUGAAGAAUAGAGUGGGUGUAUUUGUCGAUAUGCCUAAAGAUGCUGAUAGGAAAGAACCUAUAAUUGCGAGAAGUAUGCUAACAAAAUAUAUACACUCUGCAUCUAGUUUCAGGAAACAGACUUUACUGGUGCAUAUAAUUAUUGUCUUCUGUUUAUCUUCUUUAUCCGAGCAAUCUCAAGGAUGAAACUUUUACAAAUGCUAGAAAUGCACCUAAUUAUGCUCUAAGAGAUAUUGAUGAAGCAGUAGCAGAAGGAACUAAGCAAGUCAUGGAAAGAAGGAUAUGCUUCUCUAUUCCGAUGAAAGAUUGGGUCAUCCCAAAAGAUGGACUGGAUCUACAUAAUAUUACUGGAGCACUGAUAAACUUAUCGAUAAAGACAGAAAAUGCUCCACUUCAAUCAACAUUGGAUCAGCUCACACACAGAUUUGUUGUUUCCGAUGUGUGAGUCCAUGAUUGACUCUGCUUUGAACUGCUUAGGAAUGAAACGAAGCAUCCUUCCCUGGUAAUAUUACCAAGAAAUAAUUCGACUGUGGAUGUCUCAAGAACCCACCUGGAAAACAUUGGUAGACCCUAGCCUCUCGUAGUCAACCUAUGAUUGGGUUGUCCAACAAAACAAGUUAAAUCUCACAAGAACACAACGUGCUUCUGCACAAGAAAAGCAUUAUCGAAAACAUUCAUCUGUCCGUCCUGACGAUAAAACUUUCUCCAAUCAUUUGCUGCCAUCAUUGGCUCUCGUUGGCAGUGUCUUGCUUUUCCCCUCUCCCUCACUUCUGAAGACAUUGUGAGCAUCAACAGAGAGACAAGAGGAUCAGAGCCAACAAGAUGACAAGCACUCGUCAUGCUACAUGGUCAUGCACUUUCCGUGUUUCAUAUCUGUACCACAUUAUGUGUAGAUUUAGCUGCAUGCAUUCAAUUGCACUUACAUACUGCAAUCCAAUUAACACAUGUUUGUGUCACUGAACUUUCAGAAUUCAUGCCUUGCCACUUAAGCAAAAAUUACUUACUGCUACACUUCCAAUUGUCAUUUUUUCUACUGAUAUACAACAUCUUACGUCCUUCAAAAUAAAAAAAAUAAAAAAAAAAAAAGCUAAAGCUAAUCUUAUUCCAAGCACAUCGAUCAACUCAAGCUCAGCGCAGGUAUUAUUCCAGAAUCACUACUGGAGAAAGUACUGCCAGAGUACAUCACAAAGGAAAGUCUACUUAAGCUGCAGUACUGUCACAAAAUUGAAAAUUUACAUGUGGAAGAGGACCACACUCUUUCUCAAAUCGCGGUCCCAACAGAGUGUGCAACUAAAGAGAAAUAUCAUCUAUUUUUCCCUGCUCUAUGUGAUCUCAAGCUCGAGGAAAUUCAAUGGCCGAAGUUCGAAGGUGAUAAAAUUACCUGGGGAUGGUAUGCUAAAUGUGAUGGCGACAGAUUUGAUUUCUUUCCAACACGAUUUCUUCAUGUGCUUAUUGUUCAUCUCUUUCACAACUUUGCACUAAAACAAAGCUUGCCCACAAGACAGACUCUCUACUACAGCUUCCGAUUCUUUGAUUGCGGAGGUAUAUGCUGCCAAUCCUCGCUGCCGUAUCUGGUCGACUGGUCUGCAUUGGCUUAUGAAGAAUGGAGUAGAGGUAUUUGUCGAUAUGCCUAAAGAUACUGAUAGUAAAGAGUUGAUUGUACUAGUAAGGAGUGACAGAAAAAAUCAAGUCGAAUGUUUGAACACUCUGCAGCUAGUUAUUCAGAAGGUAGUCGAAACAAAAGUUGAAUUCUGUGCUGGUAUAGUUCCUACCGUUUACCUUCUUGAUCCGAGAAAUCUCAAGGAUAAAACUUUUACAAAUGCUAGAAAUGCACCUAAGUAUUCUCUUAAAGACAUUGAAGAGGCACUAGCUGAAGGCGCUAUGCAAGUCACAGAUAAAGAAGGACAAUGCUUCUCCACUCCAAUCAAAGAUUGGAUCAGCCCAACAAGAUUGGCGUCAUCUUACUGGAGUAAGUCACUUUCACACACACCUAGCUAAUUUCUAUAAUUAUACACAUUAUAUAAUUAUAAGAUUUGGUUUUUCCGAUGGAUACCUUCUUAGUUCACUCUGCUUUGCAAGGAGUACAUGGUGCUCAGUGGAAACUACUAGGAAUAAAUCUUUCAAUCCCCUGGAACAAAUUAGAUGCCAUUGAAAGUGAAGGAUCAUUCCCUGGUGAUAUUGAAGAAAUAAUUCGACUGUGGAUGUCUCAAGAACCAACCUGGCAGAAGCUCUCAGUCAAAAUCUCACAAGAACACAACGUGCCUCUACAAGAGAAAAUCCUCGGAAGCAAUUCAUCCUCUCUGUCCUGACGAGGAGUUUCUCCAAUCAUUUGCUGCCAUCAUUGGCUCUCGAUGGCGAUGUCUUGCUUUUCUCCUCUCCCUCACUUCUGAAGACAUUGUGAACAUCAAGAGAGAGACAAGAGGAGCAGAGCCGACCAGUCAAGCACGCAUUAUGCUACAGAAGUGGGCAGCCAGGGAGACGGCAACUUAUGGCCAGUUGAAAGAGAGACUGUUGAUCUUUACACUUUCAGUGUUUACUCUCUGAGCAGCAUGUAUAUAUAGCUAUCACAAGAAAACAUGUAUAGAUAUUCGUUUAAAUGCAUGAUGGUGUACUGUUAAUGUUGUAGCUGUUUAGAUCAACGCGCAUAACUAUAAAUCACAAAAUUAAUUACUCCUGCACUUUUCAUUUUCAGUGUUUUGCCAUCAGUGCCAUGUAAUAUAAUUAUAUAUAAUUAUACAUCAUUAUGUCCUUCAAAAA